CGGAGGGGCGCGGGCUGUGCUGAGAGCUCCGAGGUGACCCCGGGAAGUUCCCUCGGAUUGAGCUGCUGCUGACCUCCUGCAGGCGCUGCUCCUCGGGGAUCCUUCCCAACGAGCGGAUCAGGAACAUCGGCAUCUCGGCUCACAUCGACUCCGGCAAGACGACGCUGACCGAGCGGAUCCUGUUCUACACGGGCAGGAUUGCUCAGAUGCACGAGGUGAAAGGUAAAGAUGGAGUUGGAGCUGUCAUGGAUUCCAUGGAGCUGGAGCGACAGAGGGGCAUCACCAUCCAGUCUGCAGCCACCUACACCAUGUGGAAGGACACCAACAUCAACAUCAUCGACACACCAGGCCAUGUGGACUUCACCAUUGAAGUGGAGAGGUCUCUGAGGGUGCUGGAUGGAGCCAUCCUGGUUCUCUGUGCUGUGGGAGGUGUCCAGUGCCAGACCAUCACUGUCAACAGGCAGAUGAAGCGUUACAACGUCCCCUUCCUCACCUUCAUCAACAAACUGGACAGGAUGGGCUCCAACCCGGCCAGGGCAGUGCAGCAGCUCAGAUCCAAGUUGAAACACAAUGCAGCUUUUGUUCAGAUUCCAAUUGGGCUGGAGGGAAACUUUAAAGGAAUUAUAGAUCUCAUUGAAGAAAAAGCAAUCUAUUUUGAUGGGGAACUUGGGCAGAGCCUGAGGCUGGAGGAGAUCCCGGCCGAGCUGCGGGCGGAGGCGGCGGAGCGGCGCCGGGAGCUCAUCGAGUGCGUGGCCAACGCUGACGAGCUGCUGGGGGAGCUCUUCCUGGAGGAGAAGAUUCCCACAGCUGCACAGUUAAAGCUGGCCAUCCGAAGGGCAACGCUGCAGAAAUCCUUCACCCCUGUCCUCGUGGGGAGUGCCCUGAAGAACAAAGGGGUGCAGCCACUGCUGGAUGCUGUGCUGGAAUACCUUCCCAAUCCUUCUGAGGUGGAGAAUUAUGCUCUCCUCAACCAGGGGGAUUCUCAGGGCCAGACCAAGUUCCUGUUGAACUCUGCUCGUGAUGAUUCCCAGCCUUUUAUUGGCCUGGCCUUCAAACUGGAGGCUGGCAGGUUUGGGCAGUUAACCUAUGUCAGGGUGUACCAGGGGAUGCUGAAGAAGUCAGAUUACAUCUACAACACCCGCACAGGGAAGAAGGUCAGGGUGCAGAGACUCGUCCGGAUGCACUCGGACAACAUGGAGGAUGUCAGUGAAGUUUAUGCAGGAGACAUCUGUGCCCUGUUUGGGAUCGACUGUGCCAGCGGGGACACGUUCACAGAUAAAACCAGCACUGACAUCUCCAUGGAAUCCAUCCACAUCCCUGAUCCUGUCAUUUCUGUGGCUAUGAAGCCUUCCAACAAGAAUGACCUGGAUAAGUUUUCCAAGGGCCUGGGUCGCUUCACCAGGGAAGAUCCCACCUUCAGGGUCCACUUUGAUGAGGAGAGCAAGGAGACCAUUGUCUCUGGGAUGGGGGAGCUGCACCUGGAAAUCUAUGCCCAGAGAAUGGAGAGGGAAUAUGGUUGUCCUUGCACCAUGGGGAAGCCCAAAGUUGCCUUCAGGGAGAACAUCUCUGCCCCUGUGCCGUUUGAGUUCACCCACAAGAAGCAGUCGGGAGGAGCAGGCCAGUACGGCAAAGUGAUCGGAGUGCUGGAGCCCCUGGAGCCAGAGGACUUCACCAAACUGGAAUUUGAGGACAGAACCAUUGGCACAAAUAUUCCCAAGCAGUUUGUGCCUGCUGUGGAAAAGGGCUUCAGAGAUGCCUGUGAGAAGGGCCUGGUGUCAGGACACCGCAUCUCCGGGGUGCGCUUCGUGCUGGAGGACGGGGCCCAUCACAUGGUGGACUCCAACGAGAUCUCCUUCAUCAGGGCAGGAGAGGGGGCCCUGAAACAAGCCAUGGAGAACGCUGCCGUGCGCAUCCUGGAGCCCGUCAUGGCCGUGGAGGUGAUGGCUCCCAGCGAGUUCCAGGGCGCCGUCAUCGCAGGGAUCAACCGGCGCCACGGGCUGAUCACGGGCCAGGACGGCUCCGAGGGCUACUUCACUCUCUAUGCUGAGGUGCCACUGAAUGACAUGUUUGGAUAUGCCACUGAGCUGAGGUCUUGCACAGAGGGAAAAGGGGAAUACACCAUGGAAUACUCCAAAUACCACCCCUGUUCAGCCAGCACUCAGGAGGAAAUCAUCAACAAAUACCUGGAAGCAACAGGGAGACUUCCAGCCAAGAAGGGCAAAGCCAAGAACUGAUGGGAUUCCUCUGAACAGUUUGUCCCAGGCUUCUCCAAGCCAUGGAAGCAGCCCAGGCUGCCUGGGUAAGGUGGGAUCUGGACUUGGAAUUUCAGCAUCAAACCUCUCUGGGUGCUGGCAGCAAGCACCAGGGGAUCACCAGGGAUUGCUCACGUGUAAAUGCUCUGUAACAAAGGUGUUCAAACACAGCUGAUGAUGUGCUUGAGAUUUGUCUUAAUUGA